CGCGACGGCUUCUUCUUCAUUGCACGACACAACGACAGCAAUGGCAUCCCUCAUGCGUCCCACCGUCUUCCGUCAGGCGCCCACCGCCUCCCAGCGCAUGAUGUCCGCCUUCGUGCGCCCCAGCACCGCCAUGGGCCAGUUCAAGCCCGCCUUCCAGAAGUCCACACGAGUCGCCGCUUUCCACGCAACCCAGAGGAACCAGAUUCUCCCCCCGCUUCCCCAGAAGAUCAUUGGAACUGCCAACGAGCCCGUACCUGUCCCGAAUCCAGAUUACACCCACGGAUCCUACCACUGGAGCUUUGAGAGAAUUGUCUCCGCCGGCCUGAUCCCCCUCACAAUCGCGCCCUUCGCCGCCGGCUCGCUAAACCCGGUCACCGAUUCGAUCCUCUGCGCCCUGCUCGUCGUCCACUCGCACAUCGGCUUCGAGUCCUGCGUCAUCGACUACUUUCCCAAGAAGCGCGUGCCCUUUGUCCGCAACGCGGCUAUGUGGGCGCUCCGCGCAGGAACAGUCCUGUUGGGCGUUGCGCUGUACUCGUUUGAGACGAACGAUGUUGGUGUUACUGAGGCCGUCAGGAGGCUUUGGACCGCGUAGGGGGGUUCAUGAGGGGAGGAUGUUUUAGAUCGUGGGAGGGCGCUUGUGAGGAAUACAUGUGUUACUAGGAACAAAUGGAUGCGCGAAGUACUAAGUCAUUAGGGUG